AGGUUUUUCACGUCACAUCAAAUGACAAAUAGAAAAAAAAUACCUAAAAAGAAAUCAAAAUCGUUCGUAUGAAACUUUUUCUGUUCAACCCGAAAUGCGCCAUGGAGUUUCUUUUGUCCUGGUCCUCUUCGUAGUCCUUUUUGCAGUGGACGAUUCUUUAGCCAGUAUUUUGGAACAAUACAUCCUCAAAGAUGGCAGAGAGCAAUGCGAAGAGUUAAAACCGUACUGUCCGCCACCGAAACCGAAAGGAAAACCCAAAAAGAAAAAACCACCGCCUCCGAAAGUCAAGGCAAAGAAGAAGUGCAAGAGACAAUACAGGUUGCGAACCUCAAAAAACAGAUGUCCGUUUGUUAAGAGACCGUCUUGCAGAAAACCGUCUACAGCCAAAAAAGUAGCACCAGACCAGUGUCCCAAAUUGCAAAAUAAGGUAAUAGUAGACCAAGGCGUCAAGAACACUAAAGUGCAAAGUCAAGCCCAAUGCACUCCCCUGAUCCUCCAGAAAGGUUCCAGAGAUCUUUCAAUACUUGUCAAGGAAAUAACAACUGAAAGUGACAGAUCAAUUCAUAGUCCCACGAGUACUCCCCAAUCUCGACAAAUCUUAUGUCGGGACCGUGAAGAAAAAUCAAUUAGCACUGGAAGACCGAUUCAUUGUCCCACGAAUACUCCCCAAUCUCGACAAAUCUCAUGUCGGGACCGUGAAGAAAAAUCAAGUAGCAGUGGAAGACCGAUUCAUUGUCCCUCGAAUACUUUGAAACGAAAUACUGCUCCACAAAUGUCAUGCGGGGGCUGUGAGAGAAAAACAAUUAGAAAAAUCGAGUGUCCAGCAGAAUUACCAAAGAUAAAAAAACCUUGUGGAGUACCCAAGGAAAGAACCGUCGGUGUGCCAAAAUGUGAAAGCAGCAAAAUGGGUUUGGCCACCACACCUUGUAACAAGAAAAAUCUUUAUAAAGAAGACGUUAUUUCAAACAAGCCAAAAUGUAUAAAGUGUCCAGCUGAGCUGGCCAGGGAAAGGGCAAGAAUUCCCUCUACAACUUGUGGAAUCAACUGCGAUAACACGAGAAAUUUGAUCGACAAAACAGUGACAAGUACAAUUUCUCCACAUUUUGGACAUCACGAUCUAAAUACUGGCUUUGUUGGACCGAGCAAGAAGCAGAUAAAUUGUAACAAUGCCGUUUUGGAAGUUAAGGUGCCGACGAUGACGCAAAUUGCUCGUAUGGGGUGGAAUCUGGUUACGUUUACCACCGACCAGUGCGUUAAUAUUUUCACGAAAAUCCACGAAUCUCGAGAAAGAAAACGAAACAGAAUUUAUUAAUAGACACAUAUAAUAAAAAAUAUUAUUUAGGCCUUAUUUAUUUUUUAAUUAUUUUAACAUCGUGCAAGUUUGAUUACCCAA